AUGUUCAUCGAGAGUUUUAAGGUUGAGAGCCCAAAUGUUAAGUACACAGAGAGUGAGAUUCACUCAGUGUACAAUUAUGAGACCACAGAGCUUGUACAUGAGAGCAGAAAUGGAAUUUAUCAAUGGAUUGUCAAGCCAAAAACUGUCAAAUAUGAAUUCAAGACUGAUAUUCAUGUCCCAAAAUUAGGGGUUAUGCUUGUUGGAUGGGGAGGUAACAAUGGCUCAACCCUCACUGCUGGUGUCAUUGCUAAUCGCGAAGGAAUUUCGUGGGCAACUAAGGAUAAGGUGCAACGAGCCAAUUAUUUUGGCUCACUCACCCAGGCAUCCUCAAUCAGAGUUGGAUCCUUCAAUGGAGAAGAGAUACAUGCCCCAUUCAAGAGCCUCCUCCCCAUGGUCAACCCAGAUGACAUUGUAUUUGGAGGAUGGGACAUCAGUGACAUGAAUUUGGCUGAUGCCAUGGGAAGGGCUAAGGUUUUAGAUAUUGAUCUACAGAAGCAGCUUGGGCCUUACAUGGAACAUAUGUUCCCACUCCCUGGAAUCUACAACCCUGAUUUCAUUGCUGCUAAUCAAGGUGCACGUGCCAACAAUGUGAUCAAAGGAACCAAGCAAGAACAAGUUCAACAAAUCAUCAAAGAUAUUAGGGAGUUUAAAGAGAAAAAUGAGGUCGACAAGGUCGUGGUUUUGUGGACUGCAAAUACAGAAAGAUACAGUAAUGUAGUUGUUGGGCUAAAUGACACUAUAGAAAACCUAUUAGCCUCAGUGGAGAAGAAUGAGGCUGAAAUAUCUCCUUCAACCUUAUAUGCAUUAGCUUGUGUUCUUGAAAAUGUUCCUUUCAUCAAUGGCAGCCCACAGAACACUUUUGUUCCAGGGCUGAUUGAUUUGGCCAUUCAGAGGAAUAGUUUGAUUGGUGGAGAUGACUUUAAGAGUGGUCAGACCAAGAUGAAAUCAGUACUGGUUGAUUUCCUUGUUGGAGCUGGUAUAAAGCCAACAUCAAUAGUGAGUUACAAUCAUUUGGGAAAUAAUGAUGGCAUGAAUUUGUCAGCUCCUCAAACUUUUCGAUCCAAAGAGAUCUCGAAAAGUAAUGUCGUGGACGACAUGGUUGCUAGCAAUGGCAUUCUUUAUGAACCUGGCGAGCACCCGGACCACGUUGUUGUCAUUAAGUAUGUGCCAUAUGUGGGAGAUAGCAAGAGGGCUAUGGAUGAGUACACAUCAGAAAUAUUUAUGGGUGGGAAGAGUACUAUAGUGUUGCACAACACUUGUGAGGACUCGCUUUUGGCAGCUCCAAUCAUAUUGGAUUUGGUUCUCCUAGCUGAACUCAGCACUCGUAUACAGCUCAAGGCCGAAGGCGAGGGCAAAUUCCACUCUUUCCACCCGGUGGCUACUAUCCUCAGCUAUCUCUCUAAAGCUCCUCUUGUUCCACCAGGCACGCCAGUGGUGAAUGCACUUUCGAAGCAGCGGGCAAUGCUUGAGAACAUAUUAAGGGCUUGCGUUGGAUUGGCUCCGGAGAACAACAUGAUUUUGGAAUAUAAGUGA